AUGGAGGUGAUUGAUCUGUGCGACAUAUCUCGAGAUGACAGUGAGAAUGCAAUCAUCGAUAUCGAUGGUAUUUCAGCCAUUCCUGGAGUAGCAAAAGCAAAACCAUUGGCUUCAGCAUCAUCAGUCGUAUAUUUGGUAGAAAGCGACGAUGAACAAAACAACAAUCCAAGCCUUCGGCGAAAGAGGAAGCGGCCACGGCCAGAAGCACGUGUCAGCUCAAGCUUAGACGUCAAACCAGCGGCGAAGUUUCGGGUAAGCGAUGAGAUUGAAGUUUGCCAAGUAAAGGAAGCUCUAAAAACGCCCCUGAACAGAGUUCAUGAAGUGAUUCCAGAUGUUGAUCUAGUUCACGCUCAAAAACUGUUGUUUGAACAAAGGGACAACGUGGAGAUGGUUUUGUCCAUCCUUGUAGAGAAAGGUUAUCCAAAAAGUAAAGAUCCGGGUAGUGUGGCAGCUGGAUCAUUGUCGUUGACAUUGAAGAGCAACCUAAAUUCAAACCCAAAACUCGAUUUCUUUUCAAAAUCCUCAUUCGAACCCAGUGCUGAAUACUUGCAACAGGCCUCGAACGUUCUGGAAUUUGAAUUUCCCUUUAUACGUCAUGAUUCAAUUAAUUCCUGGUUGAAGGAUCACAAGGGCCACUACUCACUCGUUCGCCGGCAAAUUGAAAAUGCGCUAUCAGGGAAGGAGGAGAACAAGGCCUCUUCGGAGGAAGUAGAAUACAAGCAGUACCUUUUGAUCAGUGAAGCCAAGGCAAACAAACUAUCAUCACCAAGGCAAACAAGAAGAAUUGGUGCUAAACACGUUCUUCAGCAACCGCGUCGAAACAGGAAAAGUCCAAACAUAUCAGAACCGAUUCUUCAAGAAGAAAUCAGAAGCUACAAUCUUCGAUACAAAGAAUGGGUAGACACUAUCCUGGUGCGUCGUCAAAGAAGUGAGGCUCGGAAAAAGUCGCAAGUUACAGGAACUGCACUGGAAUGUUCCUGCUGUUUUGACCAGGUCGCGAUUGAGGAAAUGGUAGCUUGCAUGGACGAAGGGCAUUUAUUUUGCAUUGACUGCAUCAAGGGAUAUGCCGAGAACCAAAUCUUUGGAAAUGGCAGCUUGGGCACCAAUCAUGUGACAAAAAAGCCUUCUUCAGCGCUCUUAUGUUGCCACUCUAGUGGCUGUCAAUCACAAUUUCAAGAUGACCACCUGUUGAAAGCGUUACCGAAGAAGACUCUUGAAAAGUAUAAUGAACUUCAGUUCAGGGCUGUUAUGGAGCAGGCUGGGCUUAUUCAAUCCCUGUGCACUUGUCCGAAAUGUGGUUUCCAAGCUGACGUGCCCGAGACGCAGAUGAUAUUCCAAUGCCCUAUCGAAGGUUGCAAAUUUGCCUCUUGCCGAAAAUGUAGAAAACCACCUCAUAUUCCACUCAAGUGCGACGAGGUGGUAAAACAAAAGAGAGAAGAUGAAGGCAGGUUGAAGAUUGAAGAGGCCAUCAGCAGUGCUAAGAUCAGGACCUGUCCCAAGUGCCACACUUCCUUUGUAAAAUCUGAUGGAUGCAACAAGAUGACUUGUCGCUGUGGUCUAAAAAUGUGCUAUAUUUGUCGCCAACCACUACCAAACCAUGAUCCCUACUCACACUUUUGUAACACUCCACACUGCAAACACCAGUCAUGCGGGAAAUGUACGCUGUACUCGAAUGAUAAAGAGGACGAUGCAAGAGCCAUGAGAGAGGCUGGUAUCGAUGCUGCGGAAGAAUACCGCGAGAAAUUACUACAAGAAGAUGACAAAGUUGAAAUAAACUUGGACGUUGACAAGAUCCUGGGACCGAAAACUGCACCAACGCCCAACAAACAAAAACGACGAUGA